AUGGGCCAAAACAAUCACACUUCUCUGCAUGGUUUUAUUCUGCUUGGCUUCUCGGACCAUCCCAAACUGGAGAUGGUCCUAUCAGGAGUUGUCACUCUCUUCUACUUCGUUACGUGGGUGGGUAACACAGCCAUCAUCCUUGCAUCUCUCCUGGAUUCCCAUCUCCACACACCGAUGUAUUUUUUCCUCAGGAACUUAUCUUUCCUGGAUCUAUGUUUCACAACCAGCAUCAUCCCUCAGAUGCUCGUUAACUUGUGGGGACCUGACAAGACCAUCAGCUAUGUGGGCUGUGUCACUCAACUCUACGUUUAUAUGUGGUUGGGUUCCACUGAGUGUCUCCUCCUCGCUGUUAUGUCCUAUGAUCGUUUCACAGCUAUUUGUAAGCCCCUGCAUUAUUUGGUAAUCAUGAACCCACAUCUCUGUCUCAAAAUGAUAAUCACGGUCUGGAGCAUUAGUUUGGCUGUUUCUGUAUUAUUAUGUACACUCACCCUGAAUUUGCCUCGAUGUGGAAACAACCUUCUGGACCAUUUCUUGUGUGAGUUGCCAGCUAUGGUCAAGAUAGCAUGUAUAGACACCACAACAGUUGAAAUGUCUGUUUUUGCUUUGGGCAUUGUCAUUGUCCUUACACCACUCGGCCUUAUUCUUAUAUCCUAUGGCUACAUUGCCAAAGCUGUGCUGAGAAUAAAGUCAAAAGAAGGCCAACAAAAAGCAAUUAAUACCUGUGGAUCUCAUCUCACUGUCGUGUCCAUCUUCUAUGGAACUAUUAUCUACAUGUACCUGCAACCAGGUAACAGUGCUUCCAAAGACCAGGGAAAGUUCCUCACCCUCUUUUACACGAUUGUCACUCCAAGUCUUAACCCUCUUAUUUAUACCCUGCGGAACAAGGACAUGAAGAAUGCAUUGAGGAAGCUGGUGAUUGACCGUGAAUCUACAAAAUCGAAGAGGAAUGGAAAGUCAAAGAAAACCCUGCGGGCUCCUCAGCAUCCUGCCUUUGCCAACGACGGAAGCCACGGAGACCGGCCAGGAGCAAAUACCACACCGGACGUGGUGACGUUUGAGGAUGUGGCCGUGUGCUUCAGUAGCGGAGAGUGGCAGUGUCUGACCCGCGCCCAGAGGCACCUAUACACUGACGUGAUGCUGGAGAACUAUGGCAACAUGCUGUCGGCUGGCCUUGCCUGCCCUAAGCCACCCCUCAUCUCCCAUUUGGAGCAAGGGGCCGUGCCCUGCGCUGAGGACCUGCAGGACUGGGGGUUCCUGACCUGCUCCUUCCCAGCUCUGAGCCCUGAGGUGGAUGCACACAGCGCUCACCUGGGUGGUCUGGCCACAGACACAUGCAACACCUCCCUUAGGUGUCGUGGCCAGGAUUUCAGCCCAGGUGCUCCCACUCCAGAGCUGCAGACUUCACCCCCGUCUGUCUGGUUCACUGUGGAGCGCCCCCGGACUAUUUUAUGCGGCGCAGUGGCGUGA